AGCGAGCAGUACUUCAAAAAGUUUCAAGCCUAAAAGGAAAAAAAAAAGAAAAAAGAGAAAUCAGAAACAACCCGUAAGCGAAAAUAUAGCAACCGCCUUCGCCUUUUCCCUUUCCUCUUCUCUCUCGCGUUGUGAACGGCGCGAACGCGCACCACCUUCGCUGUUCUCCUGACGUGCCACCUCUCUGCUGCUGCUUUCUUUCUUUAUUUCUUCGUUCUUUUCUUUCUGUUACUGUUGUUGUUUGUCCAUUUAGUAUUAUCGCUUCAUUAGCACUAUCCUUUUGUUCUCCUUCUUUGCUGUCUCUCGGCAUUCUAAAAUAUUCUCUUUUGGUUUAUUCUCUUUUCGGUUUUCCUCUCCCUUAACAAAAGAAAGAAAGAAGAAGAAAAAAAAGGCUCUCCGAAAGCGUCCUUGCGCGCUUUAUUUAAGAAAUAGGUGGGGAAGAAGCAUAGAAAACUGUGUGUUUGGUUAGUUGGUUGUGUUGAUAGGUUUUUCUUCUUUUUUUCAAGGAACAAGUUUAUACUCGUCUAUAUUGUCGAUCUCUGCAAGCGCCACUCUUAUUGACUCGCACGUUUCUUUGCUGUUGGUUUUUCGUCCGGCUCUUCCUUGCUGUUGAUUGCCGCCUUCUCUUUUUGUUGUUGUUGUUGCUGUCGGCAGCGAGCAUCGAGGACGCAAGGCGGCACGCACACUUGCCGGGCUACUACUUGGAGAGUAUAUCAAGGGACAGUAUUCACGUUAGCUGUCGUACGUUCUUCUUCUUUUUCUUCUUACUUCGUUCUGUUUCGCUUUUUCAUCUCAAUCCUUUUGUUUGUUUGUUUCUGGUUCGUUUUUCUUUAAUUGAUUUUUUUUUUUUUACUGUUCUUCUCCAGCAGCGUCGUGUGUGCUCGAAGCGACAAGCAUAUAAACACAGACGCCUACACACACACACUUGUAUUGCUUUCGCCAAGCCGUGGAGAACUCAGUUUCUUUUUUCUCUUUUGGAGAAAGAAAGCGGAAAAAAGCAGGAAAGUAUCACUGCAGAAGCUAUCGGUGACUCUUCCUUUUUCUGUUUCUCGUGUUGUUGUUGUUGUUUAUCUUGUUCUUGCUCUUCUUUCUUGUUUCUGGUCUGGUAGCCUACUGUAACUAUUGUUGCUGCUGCUGACUGGCUUUUUUUCGUUUGGUUGGUUGGUUUACUUAAGAAGGCCAAAACUUUCUAUCAUUGCCAUCUCUUUUACUAAUCUGUUUUGCCGUUGUGUGCGUGUGUGUGGCUCAAGUACACCCAAUUUCUCAGGACGCUGAAAAACUGCUGAGGCGAAGAUCAGCUCUGCCGCUGCUUACGUUGGUUCUUUUGUUGUUGUUGAUUCCAUAUUUUUCUUUUGUACUUCCUACAUUGUUGGUUGUCCGCGUCGUCGUUGCCCUGGUGUGUGUUCGGAUCUACGCCAGUCGCUCACACACUCCAUCAACACGGUGGUGGUCCUAAAAGAAAACAGUUUAAUAUAUUCUCUUUGGCUUUUUUUUUUCUGGUAGCCUCCUUUUUCAUUACGUUGUUUUUACUUUCCUUAUUAUUAUUAUUUUCCCCACAUCUGCCUUUCUUGAUUCAGAGAGAAAACAAAUUUCACCCAAGUCACACAAGAGUUGACGUCCUGCUGACUUUGUUGCUGUUGUUGUUGUUUUCUAUUAAAAACACGUUUUGCUCUUCUUUCCCUUCACGGCGGGAGAGCGCCUAAAGCUGCUUGCACAAAUCACUUUUUCUUUAUUAUUAUUGUUAUUGUUUCUACAAUUGCUGCCAUUCUUCUAUUUUUGAAAACAAACACUGCAACUCACACGCACGCACACACACACACACACACACACACACACACGUAGCUUGUUUGCUGCUGUAGUUGUUGAUCAGUGCAGUCAACGAAGUGAUCUCUGCGCAGCAUUUCAUUAGUACUAUUAUUUUAUCUUUCUCUGAGCUGUCGCUGUUUGACAGAGAAGACUACCGGGAAAACAGAGGGAAAGCACAGCGUGGGUUGUAUUCAGAUCCGCGACGCAGCCGCAUAAGGACACUGCAUCGCCUGGAUGGUGCGUACUCCGUGGUAGGAAUAACGUACCCUCUCCCCCACACACAGGACACCGACUGUCACAUCUCCGAAUUCAUAACUCCCGUUACACUCCGCCUGUCUUGUUUGUGAUUGUUGGUGUUGUCGCUGCUGUGUACUCAUCUUUCCCUGCGUUGACCGUUGACUAGUUUUAUUGGUUUUUCUCUUCUUUCUUUUUUCUUUUUUAAAGCAUCUGUUGGUAUAAUAGAAGAGGUUAAAUAGUGGAAAACUGAUGCCCACGCGCACGCGUCAGUCGCGACGCCGCCUCGUACGCCCAGCCUCCAAACAAAUUCUGCAGCUCCGCGGCAGGGACGACGGCGCCGGCCCCUACGACGGGUCUGGCGGGUCUCCCUACUCAUGCGGCUCCUCAUCCUGGUCUAGUCCCGCGGAGGACGCGCGUAGCCCGCGCGGCAUGCCGGCGGACGGCGACGAGGAUGCGGCGGUGGCGGCGGUCGACGAUGACGCUUGUGGACUUCGCGUCCACUCUUCGUCCUCUCCGCAUGAACGUCACCGCCGUCCACAAGCACGGCGGCAGCGCAGCGAUACAUGGCAGCGCGCUCCCCAUGACGCCUCGCAGCGUGCCAUGACGGCCUCCGCGUGCAGGGGCGGUAAGUGCGGUCGUAAAAGCAACGACCACGGCCCACGCUCCGCAAGCUCCCGCGACUACACGACCAGCUCGCGUCAGAGACAGCAGCAGCAGCAACGGCCGACUACGUCCUCCGCCGCCGCCGUCGCGCCGCAUCCGUCGCGGACGAAGCGUGCCUCGCCGGUCAUGGCAGGCGGGCACGUGACCUACUACGGCCCACCACCCGCGACAGCGCUGGUCGUCUCGCCCGCGCAACUGUCGCCUUCGUCGAUGAACGCGGCUUCCCCGUUGUCGUCGUCGUGGCCGUCGCGCACCGACGGCGCGACGAACCCGGUCGCCGUGGCUCGCGGCAAGACGAGAUGCAGCGCCACCGUGAAGGGGAGGAGGGGCGAGAGUCACGGCAGAGCCGGCGGAGAUACCACCACCACCCCCUCUGCGUCGCCUGGUGCCGCAGCAUCAACAACGAUCACCACCGCCACCACCGACAUGGUCUUGCGCAACGGCAGCACCGAUCCACUUAGUGCGUCGAGGAGCGCCUGUAGCACCUGCGACGCCACGCACUCCGCCGCGUCUGCUUCGGCGUCCUCGUCUGAUCAUCGCGGAUCAUCACCGGAGGCGGUGCACCGCUCCCCCGCCACAACGACCGCCACAACGGCCGCUGUCUCCGCGGUCCACACCUUGCCGAACUGCGGAUGCACACGCGCGGGCACCGCCGCGACGGCCGUCUCCCCGACCGCGUCGACAUCAACGUCACGGUCUUCGCCGCAGAAGCAGCAAUCGAAGGACACCCCGCUGACCUACGCGGCGGUCGCCUGCGCCUCCUCUGCCUCCGGCCUGCACGGCAAGCGUCUACCGCAGUCGCGCGUUGGCUUUGGAAACUACCGCCGGCGCGUCGGCGGCGGCAGCGGGACCGCCUCUGUCGGCAGCACGACCACCACCCGCAGCACGACGCACACCCCCGCGACGGCGGUUGGUUCGCCCGCGCUGUUCACGGAGAGCCACGUGCAGAGCAGCUACUCGACUAGAGGGUACUGCGCCAGCUCCUGUGGCUUCCCGAGCGUGCCGCAGACGCCGCUGACGUGCACGAACCUGUCGUACGGCACCGCGCUUUCCGCGAACGGGAGUGUGUCGCGCGCACCGGGGAAGGACUCGCCGUCGACUCCGCAGCUCGAGGACGAGGACGACGCUGACGGAGGAGACGUGAAGGAUGAAGAAGGCGAAAGCGACGGCGAAGGGGCGGGGGCGGCAGCCAGCAAAACAGCAGCGGCGUCGGCGUCGCCGCACGCAAGCGAACACGCUCAACACCAACCGAUGAUGCCGCCCAUCCCGCCAUCCCGCCACCGGCAUCACCCGACGAACUUGUUUCUGCAGCUCCCGGAUCAGCACCGGCCCAGCCCCGACUCCGAUGAAGAGGAGGCGGCGACGUGGCUGUCGCAACGACACGAGCAGCAGGCGGCAGCGGCGGCGCAGGCGAACCCCGACGACGGUGCAGCCGCUGCGCCUCGUCCGCCAUCGCCCACCACGUCCACACCGGCACACCCACACACACCGCACCAAGCUGGCACCGACAACAACACCAACGGCGGUGACGACGCCCACACAGCAACAGCAGCAGCCACCGACCACGCUGCGUCUCUCUCCGUCUCUGCCGGUGCUGCUCCCACGGCAACGGCGCAGCGGCAGCAGUCCGCGAUAAUCCAAGAAGAACUGAGUCGAUGCAAAACGAGCUCCACGAUGAAGCAUACCGGUUCCGCCGUGGCUGCCAGGGCAGCCGCAAGACUUCAUCUGCUGCCAAUAGCGACCACGACAGCGCUGGCUUCCUCCGCUACACCGUCGACGUCUGACACACCGAUCGAGCCGACGCUGCAGAAGCAGCAGCCUCAGCAGCAGCAGCGGCAGCAGUCACCACGAAUUGAAGCCACGCUCAAGAGCACAACAGAUGGCCUUCCCCAUUAUCACCGUGCUGGCGGCGGUACCCCGCCUCUCGUCACCGCCGCCGCCGCCACCGCCAACGGCAGCUGCACGCACAAGGUCAGCUCCCCCGCUGCCGCCACGUCCUUCUUCAGCGCGGCAGAGAUCUUUCCUGGGCUGUUUCUCGGCUCCUACGCAGACUCCACCGACACGACGGCGCUGGCCGCGCAUGACAUUUCGCUUGUCAUCAACUGCGCCCUCGAGUGCGCGGUGACGUCGGCCAUGGCGAGCAACACGCAGCACGUCCGCUACGUACAGUUUCCCCUGCGCGACCACUCCGAUGAGGCCAUCGCGUCGUUCUUCGCCCCUGUCACGCAGCUUAUCCACGAGCAGCUGCACCGACGUCAGAUAAACCAGCAACGGACGACGACGGCGACGAUGACGGCAGCGACGCCCUCUACUGCCGUUCAUGCUGCCCACACCCGCCUGCUACGUCCUGUUGGUAAAAGCGGCGAAAAGGAGGAGGAGGAGGCGGUGCACGACGACGGCGUGCGCGACGCGAAGAUGUGCUACGCGGCGACGUACGGCUUUACGGGCACAGCGGCGGCAUCUUACUCACUGGCUGAUGAAGAAGAUAAAAGAGCCGGCGGAGGCGGCGCCAACGAGGCCGACGCCUACGACACGCAUGGCGCGUUGCACGACCGCAUGCGGUGGACCUGGGCUGACGAAGCGGACAACGUCUGGGCCGUGCCAACAUCGCCCGCCUCCCCGCCCCUCUCUGUCGGUGGGCAGCCGUCGCUAAAGGAGGGUAAGCGCGAGACGCCUCGCUCCCCAUCACCGGCAUCCACCGCCGCAGCUGCUACGGGGGCGUGGGGCGGCCGCAACAGUGAAGGGAGCACGAGCCUCUGCACCUCCGGUUCGCCGUCGCCGCUGCCGGGCCGCACGGCGACCUUCCCUGGGGUCUCAGCCGGGAGUGCCGUUGCCGCCGCUGCGACGCCGACCGGCUCGGUUGAUCUGCUGACGAGCGCACAGGUGAGAGGGCCGGCGGCGACCGGCCUCACCACCGUGCCCGCCUUCGGCGCAGACGACACCGAGAACAUCAACGCUGCUGACCACUACAACAGAAGCAAUCACAACAUUCAUCGCAGUAGCAACAGCGCGUGUCUGGGCGGCGGGGUGAAUGGGUCGAGUAGCGCGGCUGCACCGCUGACGGUGGUGGACCCGCGGGACUGCGGGGGUAUCUUGGUGCACUGCCGCAUGGGUGUGAGUCGCAGUGCCGCCUUUGUGAUGGCCUAUCUCAUCCUGUACGGCUACACGCUGGCGAACCUCGAGGACACGGCGUCGCUGUUUGUAGGUUUCCUGGAGCGCGAAAAGCGGGUGGUGGAGGAGACGGGUGGACGGGCAUUCUUUGGGUACGAUGCGAACGGGGCAUCCGCCGCGACGGGGCAGGCGCCCAGCACGAGCAACAACAACGCGCCGCGCCGCAACACCACCUCGCUGACGCAGAUCAACAGUAGCAGCAGCGGCGGCGGUGACAACAACAGCCGAGUGAGUGCGUCCGUGUCGAGUCCUACGGGGAGUGGAAACGGAGACGCUGCUGUUGCGGCUGCUGCGGCGGUCACUUCCCCAGCGAGCACGUCGUUCGGGGUGCGGCGACCGGUGAGCGGCUUUGCAGCGCGGUACGCCCAACGCAACAGCAGCCUCAACAGCAACAAUAAUAUUAUUAUUAGUAGUAGUAGCAACGGAAAUGGCACUCCGCAACCGUCCCCGCUGUCCGGGUACACCACCUCGAACUCCGCCUUCGCCCCCUUCGCCGUGAACCGCCGCUCCGCCAUCAUUCCAAUCAACUCGCCGUUGUGUCAGGGCGGCUUCGGCGCCGCAUCCCCACGCAGCACGACCUCCUCGUCGAUGCUGCGCCUAUAUACGCCGCUGACCCCGCUUGAAAUAUGCUCGCGUGUGUGCCGCCCGUGCUACCUUCAACGAAUGCGCGAACGGCGGCUGCAGCAGCAGGUGAAGAACCUGCGCAUCAACGGACAGCAGCAGCAGCAGCAGCGGCGAGAACAGGAGCAGGAGGAAGAGGAGCAGGUAAUGGCGCUCGCUGCCAUCACCCGCACGCGCAAUGAGCAGCAGCAGCAGCAACUGGCAUCCGCUGAUCGGAACCGCCUCUCUGCGUCGAGUCUCGCGGAAGAUGGCCGACGUUGCGUGGACUGCGGGGAUGAUUUGCUGAGCAGCAUCAGUGUGAGCCGCAACACCAACAACCGUAGCAGCGGGUGCCGCUUCUGCGACACAAUGACGCAGCGGUGUUCUUUCGAAGAGCACGAGCAGCAACGCCAGCGUUUGGCGCUGCGCCCCACUCCGUCUUCUGCUCCGGUGGUGUCCUACCGAGGUGCGCGUGGCAGCUACGGGGUGGGUCAGACGCUUCUCGAGGCAGCCCUGGCAGACGACGACGUGGAGAACAGACAGGAGCCGGAGGAAAUGGAAAACAAUGCGGCGAGCACGACGGCGGAGGAAGGAGGGAAAGAUGAAGAUGAAAACGCUGAUGAAGAGCGCCGUGCGGCACCGUGUGUGACUGCGCCGGACGCAACGCCGCUGCGGAGCGCGUUUUCCGUGAGCAAUACCUCUGCCGUGGCUGCGGCGCAGGAGGACCGCGAAGAAGAAGGGCAAGACGACGCAGCGAGGAAGUACGUUGGCGGUUGCCAGUCAGCGGCGCCGCAGCUUGAUGGGACGCGGCAGAGCCCCACCGGCACGCCGCACUACGGUGAUUUCCCGAGCAUGACGAGCGGCAGCAGAGCCUCGGCGGGUCUUCAACGAUACAAAGUCGCCCCCGCCAAGACGAGCAACAGCAGCAGCAGCAACAACAACAAUACUAAUGGUAUUCGCCAUGGCACGCUGCUCCGCGGGAGCUGCGACAGCAGCAGCGUGACAAGCUCGCACAGCAUGCUCAGCGGGGAUCUUGCGCCUGCCAUGACCUUCCGCGAAGCCUUCGACGCGGUGAAGAAGCAGAAGUCAGAUGUCAACCCAAACAUUGGGUUCGUGCUCGCCCUGCGUGAGCUCGCGGGUGGUGGGGAUUUCAGCUUCAGUGCAUCGUUUUAA